CCUCCAAGCCUCCUCCUCCUCUUCCUCUUCCUCCUCGCCGCGCGGCCUAGGGUUAGGCCCCGCGCGCCGCCGCCUGCUGCUGCACGCGCGUGGGGGGUAGGGGCGCGAGGCGGCCGGCCGACGCGCAUGGCGGGGGGCGAGGCGGAGACGGACUUCGGCCGCUGGGCCGGGGGAGGGGGGGCGGGCCCCAGCUACGAGUUCGCCUUCAACUCGGUCAACUUCUCCGACAGGGUGCUGCGGAUCGAGGUCGUCGCCGGGGACGACGACGACGACGACGACGACGCGCCGGGGUCGAGCGGGGGCGUGGGCGGCGCCGGCGGCGGGGGGCCCGGCUCCCUCUCCGAUUGGGCGCGCCACCGCAAGCGCCGCCGCGAGGAGCUCCUCAGGGAGAAAGAGUCUGAAGCAGUCAUGCCAGACCAAAUAAAUUGCAAAGUCGAAGCAGAAGAACGUGACGCAUAUGAAGAAAAUCAAGAGGAACCUGUAACAAUGAUGGACGAAUCUCCACCCAGUGUUGGUCCCGAUGGUGACGAUGGACCAAGUAUGGACUCACCGUGGAGCGGGGUGAGUACACCAGUUCUAAGAGUAAAGGACAUUUAUAUCAGUUCAGCGAUUCUUGCUGCUAAAAGUCCUUUCUUUUUCAAGCUUUUCUCAAAUGGUAUGAAAGAAUCCGAUGAGAGGCAGGCAACCCUUAGAAUUACUGAUUCAGAGGAAAAUGCCCUUAUCGAGCUUUUAAGAUUUAUGUAUAGUGGAAAGUUGACAACAACUGAUCCCGCCCUUCUGCUGGAUAUUUUGAUGGCUGCCGACAAAUUUGAGGUUGUUUCUUGCAUGAGGUACUGUAGUCAGUUGCUCACAAGCUUGACUAUGACUACAGAAUCCGCACUGCUCUACCUAGACCUUCCAUGUUCCAUUUCGAUGGCUGCUGCAGUUCAACCUUUGACAGAUGCAGCCAAGGAGUUCCUUUCCAACAAAUACAAGGAUUUAACCAAGUUCCAAGAUGAAGUGAUGAACAUCCCUCUUGCUGGAAUCGAAGCCAUCCUGUCAAGUAAUGACCUCCAGGUGGCAUCUGAAGAUGCCAUCUAUGACUUCCUGAUCAGGUGGGCCCGUGCACAAUACCCAAAAUCAGAGGAAAGACGCGAGAUCUUGAGUUCUCGUUUGCUUCCACUUGUGCGAUUCAGUCACAUGACCUGUAGGAAGCUACGGAAGGUCCUAAUAUGCACUGAUCUGGACCAUGAGCAAGCAACCAAGUGUGUCACUGAGGCACUUCUAUAUAAAGCUGAUGCACCACACAGGCAACGGGCUCUUGCAGCAGACCCAACAACCUGUCGGAAAUUUGCAGAGCGAGCUUACAAGUACAGACCUCUGAAAGUUGUUGAGUUUGACCGGCCUUACCCACAGUGUAUAGCAUACUUGGAUCUAAAGCGUGAAGAGUGCUCUCGACUCUUCCCGUCAGGUCGAAUGUACUCGCAAGCCUUCCAUCUUGCAGGGCAGGGUUUCUUCCUCUCGGCACACUGUAACGUGGAACAACAGAGUACGUUCUACUGCUUUGGUCUCUUCUUAGGAAUGCAAGAGAAGGGCUCGAUGAGCGUCACAGUAGAUUAUGAGUUUGCUGCAAGGACAAUACCGUCGGGUGAUUUUGUGAGCAAGUACAAGGGUAACUACACCUUCACCGGUGGUAAGGCGGUUGGUUAUAGGAAUCUCUUUGCGAUACCAUGGGCGACGUUCAUGGCUGAUGACAGUCUCUUCUUCAUCGACGGUGUCUUGCAUCUGAGAGCUGAAUUGACGAUAAAGCAACCCAUUGUCUGAUGCGCUGCUGCCAACCUAGGUUGGAAUUGCUCUCAAGUUGGUAUCAGUGUGAAACAUCGCGUGCUGCAGUGCAGAUAUUCUAUUGUUUCUUCUUCUUCUUCUAUGCUUGAAUCCUUUUGUUGAUAGAAACUUUGCAAAUGACAAGUGAAAAAAGAACCCCCGCUUGUUUUACUCCCAUUUGGGAAAAAGGCUAUGUUGCUCCAGCCCCUAUGUUGUGAAAAAGUUACCAUACCAGCUGAAGAUAAUGACAUGAGCACCUCACUUACCCAA